GCUGCAGGACAGCAGAUGGCACCGCUGCGCCGUUCCUGCGGAUUGUUCUUGGCACGGAGACGCGUCCACGUUGUUCACACUGUCUGCUUUCGCUCCAGUUCCCCUCUCCGUGUCCCACCCUCACUCUCUGCCUCUCCAGCGCACAGUGUACACCUAUCUGUCUCCCACAAGCAUCAGCAGCCUUUCCAUCAGUCUCCGCGCUACUACGGCGCAAAGGCCAUGGCACCUCUGCGCCCGGAACCUGCGGUCUGCUCCGCUGCGAACCUCUGCAUCUUCCUGCUGACCGCCCUGGCGGUGUGGACGGCGCUGCCCGGAGCCGUGCGUUGUGACAGCGGGACUAUAAGCCGGCGCGACGCGGAGGAUCGGGCGUUUGAUGCAGGCUCCGCGGCGAGUUCAUCCCGCUUCAAGAGAGCCGCGUCUCUGGAUAAACAGAUGUCUCUGCUCAGCAGCUCGUUUGUGCUUAAAGGAGAUGCGACGCACAACCAGGCGAUGGUCCACUGGACAGGAGAGAACAGCAGCGUCAUCCUGAUCCUGACCAAGUAUUACCAUGCUGACUCCACCAAGGUGCUGGAGAGUUCACUAUGGAGGUCCACUGAUUAUGGGACAACCUACACCAAACUCAACCUGAUACCGGGGACAACCGUUGUGGUGACAAGUUUCUACAUCUGUCCUACCAACAAGAAAAAGGUUGUCAUGGUUGGCUCGUCCAUAAAUGAACGAGAUCAGAUGCUAUUCAUCAGCACAGACGAAGGCUCUUCCUUCCAACGACAGGCAGUCGCCUUCACACCAGAGACGAUCAUCUUCCACCCAAAGGAAGAAGACAAACUGCUGGCAUACUGCAAGGACGGAAGGCUCUUUGCUUCCACCGAUCUGGGCCACAAAUGGACCUUGCUUCAAGAGAGGGUGACCAAGGACAAAAUCUUCUGGUCUGUAUCCGGUGUGGAUCUGGAUCCUGAUUUGGUGCACAUGGAAAUGCAAGAUUCAAGUGGAGGUUACCUUUACGUUACCUGUCUCAUCCAGAAUUGUUCAGACAAGAUGGUGACUGCCCAGUUUCUGGGGAAAAUUGAUCACAAUUCGCUGCUGGUGCAAGAUGACUACAUAUUUGUUAAGGUUACUACAGGAAAUCGAACCAAGCACUAUGUGUCCUAUCGGCGUAAUGAGUUCGUCCAGAUGAAGUUUCCCAAGUACGCACUUCCAAAGGAUGUUCAGAUAGUGAGCACAGACGAGAGCCAAGUUCUCCUUGCCCUCCAGGAGUGGUACCAGACCGACACCUAUAACUUGUACCAGUCAGACUCCCAAGGUGUUUACUACUCAAUGAUCCUGGAAAACGUUCGCAGCACCAAGCAGCCAGAGGAGAAUGUUCUCAUUGAUAUCCUAGAGGUGCGCGGUGUGAAGGGAGUUUUUCUGGCCAAUCAGAAAAUCGACGCAAAAGUGACGACUCUCAUAACUUAUAACAAAGGACGGACCUGGGAACUCUUGGCCCCGCCCACCACAGACAUGAACGGUAAACCAGUCAGCUGCAAAGUGCCGGACUGCCACCUCCACCUCCACCUACGCUGGGCAGACAACCCCUACGUAUCUGGUACCGUCCACACCAAAGACUCCGCUCCAGGUCUCAUUAUGGGUGCAGGAAACCUCGGCUCCAAACUGGUAGAGUAUAAGGAGGAGAUGUACAUCACAUCCGACUGUGGGAAGACAUGGAGACAGGUUUUUGAACAGGAACAUCACAUCCUGUAUCUGGACCAUGGUGGAGUCAUUGUUGCCAUCAAGGACACCUCUAUUCCCCUCAAGAUACUGAAGUUUAGCAUUGAUGAAGGGAGAACAUGGAACAUUCACAACUUUACCAGCACGUCUGUGUUUGUCGACGGACUUCUCAGUGAACCAGGAGAUGAGACCCUGGUUAUGACUGUUUUUGGCCACAUCAGCUACAGGUCUGAUUGGGAGCUGGUUAAAGUGGACUUCAGGCAGUCCUUCACACGUCAGUGCACCGAGUCAGAUUACGAGGCCUGGCAGCUCACAGACCUGCAGGGAGAAAGAUGCAUAAUGGGCCAGGAGAGGACUUUCAGACGAAGAAAGGAGAACUCCUUCUGCAUCAAAGGCAAAAGCUACACCUCUGCUCUCACUACGAAGCCCUGCCAGUGUACUGACAAAGACUUCAUCUGUGAUUACGGCUUCGAGCGAUCUUAUACAGAGGGUGACCGAUGUUUCCCUGACUUCUGGUAUGAUCCAGAAACACCCCCGGAAAACUGCCACCUUGGACAAAAUUACGAAUCUAGCACUGGCUACAGGAAGGUGAUAUCAAACACUUGUGAAGGAGGCCUUAACAAGCAGCAGAGUGCCAAACAGCACAGCUGCCCUCUGUUGCCUCCCAAAGGACUGAGGGUCGGCAUCAAAGGCCAGAUGCUGGCUGUGGCUUCUGGUGACGACGUCACAUUCAUUGUCCACCAGGAGCAGGGCGACACGAGCAGCACAAAGUACCAGGUGGACCUCGGGGACGGGGUUCGAACCAUUUACCAGAACCUGACAGUGACGGAUGAGCCCAUCCAGCACCGCUAUGAAAAACCUGGCAUUUACAAGGUUACGGUGAAGGCAGAAAACAUGGCGGGACAUGAGGAGACCACCAUGUACAUCCAUGUCACAGAGCCUCUGCAGGAAGUUCACCUGGAAGCUGUCCCCAUUGCCAGGAGAAACAAUGAGGUCAACCUGACAGCCAUAGUUCUUCCCACCAACGCCAACCUGACUGUCUUUUACUGGUGGCUUGGAGACAACUUGAAGCCUAAACUGACUCUGGAGAACAGCCUUUUGACCCGUUUCCCAGAGAGCGGAGAAUUUUCUGUCACCGUCCAAGCUUCCAAUGGCCGUUCCAUGGUGCAAGAUACAAAGAUUGUCAGAGUCUACGAUAACUUUCAAGUCAUCCCCCUGAGCUUCAGCAGGAACCUGGACCGUUUUAACCCGAACAUCCCAGAAUGGAGGGAAGACAUCGGCAAAGUGGUCACCAAGCUUCUCUCUAAGACCACAGGUGUACCUCAGGACGCCCUUGUUACUGUCGUGAACCCAGGCCUUCCAACUACUGCUGACCUGUAUGUCCUGCCACUGGACACCAAACAAGCCAAGGGCAGUGUGUUUGUUGAUAAGCGUAUUCCAGCUGUCAUGCAAGCUUUCAACGACAAGAAUAUCAGCUUCAUGGUCCGAGGAGGUCUGCGGGUGCUGGUGAUGUUAGCCGACCCAAAUGCAGGCUACCAUGGAGCAGCUGGAGGUCCAGGUGUUUGGGCACUAGCUGUGAUAUUCCUAAUAAGCGUCAUUGGCACUGGCUCAUUUAUUCUUUAUAAGUUUAAAAGUCCUUGGCUUAGGACUGAGGAUGCCUAUCCUCCACUGUUUUUUAGGAAGCUUCCUGGAAACCGCAACAUCUAUGCCCAGAUGCACAAUGAGAAGGAACAGGAGAUGACGAGCCCUGUCAACCACAGCGAGGAUACCCAGCACAUCAUCCAAGGGGAGGAGUUUAUCGAUGACGACCUGGACUCCCAGACUCUAGGUAACGCUGGAGGUAGUCCUGCCUUCCGUUCUCUUAUAAGGACUACCACUAACCACUGCUACUAAAACCCAAGCCACUAACUCCAGCAGCUCACAAACACCAAGGCAACCACUCAGGUGUUAUCCUGAGCAUCAACUCCAGAGAAUUACACGGCUACUUGAGCAGCUGAUGGCUGACAGGGCAAUGCUGACGGGCUAGCCCAGCCUAGCCGAGCCGGCUAACAAGCACAGGGACUCUGACUUCCUCCCGCUCUUUUUUCCCCAUUACCACCCACGAAACAUUACUUCUACCCAACGGCCUCUUCAGUUUUAUGUGACCAGUUUAAAUUUGUAUUGAACCUUCCAAUCCUCUCUUCUCCUCUGAGUUCAUAUCAACUUUAAAAAAGUACAUGUUUAAAAAUUCUGUAUUGAUGGCUUUUCAGUGCUUAAAAAUAUGCGUAAAUAGUUGUACACUCAACAUGCUCAAAAUCAGCUAGCACAACUCCAUUUGGCUUGAACUGGUAUUUCAGAUGGUUGAACAGUCGAGGCCAGUGGCGAUUAAAAUCACGUUGCACCUACAGUGCCUUGAAAAACUAAUGAUACCCCCUGAAUGUUUUAAUAUCUAAACAAGGUAAAGACACAGACUAAAAUGUAUUAG